UCAAACAUUUUUUUUCUCUGUUUUUGAGUUCUUUGUUUUUCUUUAGGGAGCUCAUUUUUUUCCUCUUUAUUUGAGGUUAAGACUACUAUCAUUAAGUGAUAAUCCAGGUUUUGAGAAAUGGGUUUAGCUUCAUAUUAUCAUAUUCUUGUUCUUCUUCUGCAAGUUUUGUUUGGGACUAGUACUUUAGCACAGAGUUUUCCCUCCAAUUUUGUAUUUGGAGAUUCAUUAGUUGAUGUUGGAAACAAUGACUACAUUGUUUCACUCUCCAAAGCUAAUUAUGUUCCUAAUGGGAUUGAUUUUGGAAAGCCUACUGGUCGUUAUACGAACGGAAGAACGAUUGUCGACAUUAUAGGUAAAGAAUUGGGUGUGAAAGAAUUUACUCCUCCGUACUUGGCUCCAUCUACAGUUGGAGAUGUGGUUCUUCAUGGUGUCAGUUAUGCAUCAGGUGGAGGUGGAAUUCUAAACGAAACCGGCAAGAUUUUCGUUGGAAGAAUCAACUUGGAUGCACAACUAGAUAACUUUGCUAAUACGAGGCAAUAUAUAAUCUCUCGAAUUGGUGCCGAAGCGGCUUCGAAACUUUUCGCCAAAGCACUUUUCUCUGUGACAAUGGGUUCCAAUGAUUUCCUUAACAACUACUUAGUUCCUGUUCUCUCGAUUCCUGAGCAGAAACUGAUAUCCCCUGAAACGUUUAUUGAUACACUAAUUUCAAGAUACAGGCUUCAGCUAACAAGAUUGUUUAACUUGGGUGCAAGAAAGAUUGUUGUUGUCAAUGUUGGACCAAUUGGUUGCAUCCCAUACCAGAGGGAUGUAAAUCCUUUGUCAGGAGAUUCAUGUGUCGCCUUACCGAAUCAAAUGGCAUUGUCGUUUAACAAGAAGUUGAAGAGCCUUGUCGCCGAGUUGAGCUCCAAACUUGCUGGAUCCAAAUUUGUAUAUGCAGAUGUUUACCGCAUUGUCGCUGAUCUCAUUGAAAACUAUCAAUCAUAUGGUUUCGAAAAUUAUAACUCGGCAUGCUGCUCCGUAGCAGGUCGAUUUGGAGGCGUAAUUCCAUGCGGUCCAAAGUCGAGAGUUUGUUCAAACCGUGACAAAUACAUAUUCUGGGAUCCAUACCAUCCAUCUGAUGCUGCUAAUGCCAUAAUUGCAAAUAGGUUGCUCAAUGGCGAUACCAAAGACAUUUUCCCCGUUAAUAUCAAAAAACUUUUCAAGUCUUAAGUUAGUAAAUGAUGAUUCAAAAGUGAAAGAUUUUCAUCUUCUUUUCUAUGUGAUUCUUUUGCUGAUUAAUAUAUACAGCUACAUGUUUAACUGCCCAUUGAGACUCCUCCAUAACCGUCACUGAUUUCAACAGAUCAAGAAAGUUUAUGAUCUAAGAACUUGAGGGAAACGUUAUGUCAUAUUUUCAGUUUUCUGCAUUCUCAUGUAACUCGAUCUCAUAUAUAUACAUGUUGCUCCU